AUGCAAGCACUGGAACUUGGAAUUGACAUUGAUGGACAGAAAGUUGCCAUUUUACUUUAUGCCAAUGACGCGGUUUUACUUAGUGAAAAUGAGGGUGAACUUCAGUUAUGUUUGAUGUUCUCAAAGGAUGUGGCACGAACCCAGAACUGUGGGCAAAGUGGGUUCGACCCAACGCCGAGAUUAGCACAAAGUUACAUUGUGGGAGGAUCAAACGCAAAUGAGGGUGAUUUUCCGUGGCAGGUAGGUCUUAUCGAGAAUGGAUAUCUUAUCUGUGGUGGAACAUACGUGCUAGGAAAUGAUGGGACUGUCAAGGUCAUUACAGCAGCCCAUUGUCUCAGCUCAAAGAGACCUAGGCCGAGUGAUUAUCGUGUUGUUUUUGGAAUGCACGUGACGACGGUUGCUGGCAGCAGACGAAUUCUAACCGCUUCUUCUAUCAAAGUGCAUUCCGGCUAUAAUUCUAACACGAUGGCAAACGAUAUUGCUGUUAUAGGUUUUGGUUCGGUGACACCUGAUAGCGUUGAUAUUGCAUCUACUUGGGCAGCACCAGCAUGUCUAGCCUCGCGUGCACAUUAUGAUAAUGAAGAUUCUGUUGUUUCCGGAUGGGGUACCACAAGUGAAGGUGGGUCUUCCUCCGACACACUAAAGUAUGUAUGGAAACCUCUGAUGAGUAGGUCUGCAUGUGAGGCAACAGGCAAUGGCGGUCACCUAGAUGACACUAUGUUAUGUGCUGGAGAAGCAGGCAAAGACGCAUGUCAGGGAGAUUCUGGUGGACCGCUUGUUGUCUAUAGAAAUGGUGCAUGGGAACUCACUGGUGUUGUAAGUUGGGGAUUUGGAUGCGGGCAGCCAAAUUACCCAGGUGUCUACGCUGAUGUAUGGUAUUUCAGAACCUGGUUGGCAACUAACCUGUAA